AUGCAGCACUCCAGGGACAGCGACACUUGGUCCUUGCACCCAACCAUGGUGCACUGGCCGACGAGAGGAGUACUGUUGCGCUGGGCGAAGCGGCCAAAAGGCAUGCAGUUUCAUACAAUUUGCGUCCAGGCCAGACUCUGGCCUGAUGCAGCGUCGGUCGAGGGCUACAAAGGAGUCGUGCGAACGCACCAUAUUCAUUUUCACAAGCUGCCGGCCCCGCAGGAGUUUCCGGACAUGAAAUGCUUCCUUUUCGUCGUGGACCCGAAGCAGGAUGUCGGGCGGGAGGCUCGCUCCAUGACCGCCGUCGACAACGAACUUGCGGCACUAGGCAAGCUGCAGGCCGCGCAGGAGCAAUCGCCGCUUCAUGCGGGGAAGUCGUAUCAGUUUCAGGUGAUCGCUUACGAUGACGAAGGCAGCGUGGUCGAGACAUCCGCCUGGUCGCGGCCGACAACCAUUGACGUCCGCAGGAAGUUUGUCGAGCUCCCUUUGCUGCUGUGGCAAGGCUGGUGCCGAAUCGUGCCGUCCAGCACCUUCAAGUAUUUCGUGAAAAAGCACUGCGUCACCUUGCCAAAGGAUCCGGCCAUGAGGAUCAGGUUGAAGCAGCUCCGGCUGACCCUGGUCUCCCCGGGUGCAGAGUGCCUGGCCGGCGCACCGCCAGCCCCAGUAGGGGCGGAGACCCCGCUCGAGCAGGUGCAGGUCCUGUUCUCCACGUCUGGAGGCAAACUCAAGGCAACCGACCAGGUCCUGCUUCCCUCGCGGGAUGAGCGUAAGGAGAGGCGACUGCAGAAGCCGAUGUCCGAGGUGUUUCCAGGCUCGGUCCGUGCGGACGCAGGUCAACAGUGCGUUGUGCUUGAUGCCUUUCAAAAAGCCAUCGAGAUCGAUGUAGGCAGCGAUUUAAGUGAGCAGCUGACCAUUGAAGUCUCCGUGACCUCCGAGGAUGGAAAGGAAACCACGGCUGCAAAGUGGAAGUCCGACUGGUCGCACCUGUUGGAUGUCUUUAGCCAUCGCAGAUCUGCAAAGCAGGAACUUUCAGACGAGAUUGUCCUGCUGGAGGGCCUUACGCCUGUGGCGUUUCUAUCGGCUCGGUUUGAGAUCAGCAACCCAUGCUUACCAUCGACGGCACGCCCUAAUGCAAGCCCUGCUGCCAACGAAGACUUUCCUGACAUAUUUGAAAAGAUCCGACCCGGCUGCGCAGUGUACUGGAGCGAGUCUGUGAAGUUGGAGUGGGAUGUGCCGACAGAGAAUCAGGACACAGAUGUCGAGGUGGUUUUGGUGGGUUACGAGCUGGAUAUCUCCAAGCUGGCGCGCAAAAAGAUCGUGCCGCGUAGCAGCAGCUUUUCAACAACGCUCUGCUCAUUGAAGCUCCGUGCCGGACAGCAAACCGUGGUGAUGUGUCCACCACAACUUCUGCAAGAUGGGAUGCUGUGCUGCCACAUGCAGGCCUUCGUGAACCAAGAAGGCACCAGAAAAUUGGUGCUUUGCAGCCACCAGUUUGCCGUGGUGCGACCCAUCCUGAUCCAGGACUUGGAGCUUUGCUACGCCGGCUUUUGCGCCAGACGUGGCAUUCGUAUGGAGCAGGUCGACGUCGACAGGUUUGGCGAUUUCGGCAUCCGAACCACGGAGCGGCUCCUGCACGUGGCCCGCGGGUUCCGUGCUCCACUUCCCGUGCCGCACGAGCUGAAGGUAGUCCAGCACGAAGAAGAACUUCGCGCCAUGGCUCCGGAUUCGCCCAACUUGAUUCUCAUCGAGAACGGCCCAUCUGUAAUCCUCUCUUCGGAAGACGACCCGAUGCAACUGCGAUACUGCAGUCUAUCGCAGGAAAUUCACGGAGUGCACGCCAAGCAACCUUCCAAGUUUGGACGACAACUGUCAGUUGCCAAAACUCAAGAGGCCCUGACCACACCACUGUUGUCAGCAGGUGAGGACGAUGAGCAGGCCCAGGCAUCAAUAGCCCCAGUUACACCGACGACACCAGUGUCACCAAACAGCCACAAGCCUCGCACAGUUGAUGGCCACCGACAGUCGGUGGAGAUCCCCACCAACGUAUUCUGGAGGCCUACUGUCGAGUCCCAUGGCUCCGACUUUGGCCACAUGGCUACCAGUUGCUCGCCAAUGCAGCCUGCGAAGACCGAUGCUGGCCAAGUGGAGUGCUUUCUGCUCGUCCUUGGGCUGGGAUGCUUGCCCUGUCCAAGCGCGGUCCGCCUGGCCCGCGAGGCUGGCGCCACAUUGAAGGCCGAGAUCGAUCGGGAGGAGCUCUGGCGAGCUUGCUUUCUGCAACGCUAUCCUGAUCGACCCGCUGUUGCUGGACUGGUCGAGUCGGGCUUGUCCUCGCUUGCUCCCUCGCUUUGGCGAUUGGCAGGGAGGCUACCACCCAGGGAAGGGCUCCGCCUGGAUAUUGGUGACCCAGAGACGGACACGGGCGCGCACGACUGGCAAGCCGGGCUGCUGGUGGUAGGAGGCCCUCGCAGUGGGAAAACCUGGCUGGUGCACCGCUUUUGCACUGGUGGCGUGCCCGAUCGGCUGGACAAGGUUCCGAGCUUGGGCACAGACAUGCGCGUCGUUCGGGUGAGGAUGCGCUCGAAGCAGCUGCACACGCGGGGCCGCCUGCGAAUUUGGGAGCCCUCGGGCUUCAGUCGCAAGCAGGCCUUGGGAGGCUACUUGAAGGCUGCGCAAGUAGUGGUCGUCGCCGUCGAUGCUACUGAACUUCAAGCUCCACACGAAGCGAAACAGCUUCUCUCCAAGGCGUCGGAGUCCAUGCGGCCUGGUACAAUCCUGGCGCUUUGUGGCCUCCAAGUAGAUCGGCUCUCGCCGCCUCAGUACCGAGCGGCAAGUCACCUGCUGGGGCAGUCGGCGAAGAUGGCGCAUGCAGAGUUUGGGAUGUGCAGUGCCUUGACUGGAGAGGGUGUCGAGGACUUCUUCUGCGCCGUCCUAGCCGCUUGUCAGGAGAGCAGCAUCGACCUGCCAGCAGCAGAGCCCGUGCUGAAUCGCGUGGCUGGGACGCUGACGAGCACUGAGCUGCUGCGUGCAUUGCUGCAUCGCGACGAGCGGAGUGCAGACUGGGUGUCGGACCCGCUGCUCAAGUACGCCCUGCUGCCAAACUUUGUGGCUGAGACGCAGGAUCCACUGGAAAUUUGUUUGAGAGGUGUGCUGCUGACCCUGAUGUUCUGGGUGCAAUUCGCUGCGCUGUUAGUGCCGGUGAUGUGCCUACACGCCCUAGUCGUCUGGCACGAUGCGAUCCGCGCGGUUACCAGAUCCGAUCUCUUUAGCCAAGACACGGAGCACUUCUUCCUGUUAGACUUCGUCAUGGAGCCGACCCCUUUCCGCUUCGCCAACUUGGAUUAUGCAACGAAGCUAAUCCUAGGCAGUUCGCUGCUGUACUUCAUGCUGAUCGGGGCCACGGUAGCGUAUAGCAUGGUCAUUGGGUUACCAAAGCCGCUGCCUGCGGAUGGGUUUUUCGAGGGAGCCGACAGAAUCAUCAUGUGCGUUACCUCGGUCUUAGUGGCCGGCACCACGCUCGUUGUUACAAACGCAUUGGUGUGGAUUGUUCUGGGGUCCCUCAUCCGACCGGCGGACCUUAUCCCUUACGCCAUCAUGCUUGCAGCAGUGGUCACGAUGGGGCACAGCAUGCUCUCCAAGUUCCGGGGUAUGAAGAAGUACUGCGAAUCGAAGAUGACCACCUUGCUCGAUGCGGCGCUGGUCGCCAUUUUCAAGGUGAUGGCAGGUGACAGGCAGAUUCUGAACGAUGUGGAAGAGAAAAAAGAGGAGUUCGAACACCUCAAGGACAAGGUCAGCCAUCUGGUCCCCAAGGGGGAGCAGCACAUGCGCGAAGCAAUGACGCAGAUGGUGAAGGAUGGAAGGAACCAACCUGGGACCAAGGAAUUCCUUAAAGCCCUGGAAAAGGGCCGCAAGCAGCCAGUAAAAGCGCAAGACUUGAAGGCUGCUGAGAAGCAGCGCAAGGUCAAGAAGCUUGCUAAAGGCUUGGCCGUGCACACGGCCACUGUGGAGCUGAUGCUGGACUGCUUUGAUAACUUUGUGAUCCUCAAGCGCCUCAGUGAAGACAGUGCAGCUCACGCCAACAGUUCCGCAUCAACACUUUCGACACUGAUCUCCACAGCGCGAAAGGACUGUUUGUUUGGCCACUUCUUGAGGCCAGACAAGGGCAAGGACAACAAGGACGAGGACAAGGCUCCCGAGCCCAAGGAGGCCAAGAUCCAUCCUGAUCCCGAGUCGGAGCCGCGGGUGCUCUCGCUGCUCUAUCAUCUGCAGAAUGAGGAGAUGGAGAGGAUGGAUGCAGUCGUUGCGCAGUGCUUGAGCAAGUGUCUGAACUGGUCCUUUAUCAGCCGGCAAGUGGACGUCUUCUGCUCGCAGACGUUGCCGUCCGGGGUUGUUCUCAAUGCCGUGGAGCGUGAGGUGUCUGUGGUUGUGCAGGGCAGCGCCGCUGCUCAGGUCAUCUUAGGCGCGUUUCAAGUCGGCUACGAGCUCUUCGAGACAAGGUACAGGACCAAUCCGCUGGAAAUCUUCUCAGACUGUGGCCUGCUGACCGCGGAUGUUGUCAAAAGGCCGCAGGUGCAAUUCAUCCUCAAUUCAGAGAUUGAUGCUCAGCUGAAAGGCGGUUCUGAAUUGUCGCCCAAAGCCCUUAUUGCGGCGGUGAGGAGCAUCUGUCUACAAAAUGAGAAGGUUGCGCUGACGACGGGAAGCCAGCCCAAAGCGUACUUCUGGUACAAAGCGCUGGUGGCAGUCCUGAAGGACUUGGGCUGGAGCAAGGAGGAACUUGAGCCAUCAAAGGGUUGGCUGCAGCAACGCUGGGAAGAGCUGACGGAUGGAUGUGGCCUGUUCGAGUACAGCUCCACCGAGGAAGUCGUAAGCCUGGUUCUUCGCAUAAGCAAUGGGGGAUUGUGGAAGGCUGCAGCGAAAUCAAUGCUACUGAAAGCCGGUGUGGGUGGCUAUGCAUGCUGCCAGGGAAUCCCGAAGGAGGCUGCCGAAAUGGCAAGGGAGCUGGAAGGUUGCAACGUGCUGGACCUCUCCUUGGUGAACGAGAAGUGCGAUUGGCCACCUGAUGUAACCAAGCUCUGGGAGGAGUGUGCGACUGUGGCCUCGCCCGACGGGCCCUCCUUCCUUCAUGCCUCGAAAGUCCUGCAAUUCAUGGAAGCCUUGGUCUACGAACCGGCUGAGGACAAGACCGAGGAGGCCAAGCAGAAACUCGUACCUCUGUCUCCAUUUGCCAACUCCAUGGAGGACCUGGCAUGGCAAAAGGAGACCGGCAAAGCUCCCAACCUCUGGCAUGUGAAGCCUUCUGGCCGGCGCAAGCUGCGUGGCCUGUGGCUGGAGUUGGUAUUGCAGAUCUUCGAUUCCAUGGACUGCAUACCUUCCGACCUAGACCUCUUCUUCGAGUGCCAGGCGGCUACAGAGAAGAAUGGUGCCGUGUCGUUCGUGUUGCACCUGCACAAGUUCAAGGCAUGGCUGAAGCGCGACUACUUCUCAAAGCUGACGGACUGCACAUUCAACCAGUUCAAGGUGAUUGUCCAGGACAUGCUGAAGUGCCAAAUCCCUGAGGAGGCUUUGAAGGAAGAGGUCUUCGACAUCUGCCCUACCAUCCCAGACGAUGACCAGGGUGAGCUCCGAGCCAUCAGCGACCUUGGGGCCGCCCUCUUUGCAUACACCGACCACGGCUUGUGGUCGGAGGCCAUGCGUCUUGUGGCCAAGCGCCUGCUGGCCGCCGGGCCUGUCCGAGACUAUGCCCUCAACCACCUCGACGAUGAGUUUGCUGCUCAUGACGUGGCGAAGCGCGGCGUCUUGUCCAUCUCUGAGGCGAUGGACAUGCUCCAGAGUGUGGCAGUUCCGGGGCUGACGUGCUCAGACCUUGCCAGGCUCCUUGAGAAGGAACUGGGCAUAGAGGUACCCCGUGCCGAGCUCCACAAGUACUUCACAACGAUGGAUGUCAACGGUGAUGGCCUGCUCCAGGACGAGGAGUUCGUGCAGGUGAUUCGGUUCUUAAUGUUGGACUACUACCCACACCACAUCUUGAAACACCUGCACUUGACGCUGGGGCAAAUUACGCUGUUCGUGUUUGGGGCGCUCCUUGCGAUCGGCGUGGUGUUCCUCCUUGUGACACUUGUUAUAGACUUCUUCAAAGCAGGAGAAGACGUGGCGGCCACACUUCAUGGAGGCUUUAGCGCCAUCUUCGGGGUUGUGGGCAAAAGGCUCAGUGAUGAGGGUAUCGGUUUUGAAGACACCAUGAAGAACUUGGAACUCAAGCUCGAGUCGAUGAUGGUGACCGCACUCGUAAUGGUCCUUGGCCUCUCGAAAGAGAUGCAGGACGUGUUUCGAAGCGUGUUGACCUCGGCUGAAGAGCUCGCAGCAUCCAGAAGCUAA